UCUUUCCUGGGGAGCAAACAGGAGAACAUUCUGAAGGUCUUGGGCAGGUGGGGACAGGCCUUUUUUUCCACUUUCAGCCGCCCUUUUUCAGAGGGCAAAGGAGGAUGGAGAGCAGUGCCGUGCCCAGAAGGAGCCCCUCAUCCAGCACAGGCAUGCAGGAUGGUGCUCCUGCCAACUGAGGUGGGCAUGCUCACCCGGACCCCUGCCCAGCAGAGCUACCACCCACCACCACGUCUCCCUGGGAUUUCCUGCAGUUCCUCGGUUUCCACGGAUCACACCUGCAUUAUCCCAGCUCCCUGCGGAGAGGAUCAGUUAGUGAUUACCAUCAACCUGUUUGGAAAACCCCUCGUUGAAAGAUAAGAUGAAUAGAAAUAUGGAGUUAUCCCCAAGGAGCGUGACCAAAGAACCAACCUCUCCGACAAACAGUGUAGGGGAGAACAAGAUGGAGGUUGCUUCUGAACUGUGCAGCCCAACUUUGCAUAGCAGAGACAGUGGGUUCUUUGAAAGAGGUAUUAAAACCAUGUUAAGCAUCCGGAAAUCACAACGAAGCCCAAACAAAGAGAAAGGAAAGGAAGGUACUGGUACUUGGAGAGGAAAACGACUUUCUCUGCGAUUCAUCAAGAGCUGCGAGGAGAACAAAACCACCAUCUGUAAUGGUGUGGAAGAGACGGUUACUGAGAAGAUAGAAGCAGAGCCCAUUCAAGCAAAACCUCUUUCUGUAAUGGAAAUCAAUGAACUUAUUCAGAAGAGGCAACUUUUGGAAGCUUUUGCGAGCGUCAAGUACUUGGAAGAUGAGACAAUCGCUGAACGGGAUGCUGAGAAAUACAAAGAUAACCCCCAGGAGUUUGUGAGGAAAUCCAAGGACGUGGAUCUGCUUUAUAACUCCAUCACAAGCGCGAUCCAGUCCAUCGUGAUGGGAACACUGGAGCAUCCCACUGUGGAGGAUACCAUGCUGACCUCCAUGGUGACUUUAAUCGCCCGUGAAGAAGCAGCUCAUCCUAACACAGGCAACGCUGCUUGUCCUGGGAUGGACUUGCUUGGCACACCCAGAAAGUGGAGGGAGAAGUGGAGGGAGGCUGUCAAUGAGAGCGCUAGAAAGAGAGUCCAGAGCAUGCCCAUGGCAUCAAAGGAAGAAGAGAGUUCUUGGCUUGAUCUCCACUUAGGUUUCCUCCAGAAACACCUGAGUGAAGACUUACUGAAAAUUAAGUUAUCAGUAAAAAAGUGCUAUCCAGAGGAGUACCAGGUGUGUGACAUAUAUGUGGAGGCCUUUCAUAAUGCCAUUGCCUCGCACCUGCAAGAGCUCUCCCAUAGACCCCUGGGAUUCAACGAGCUCUACAGCUUGCUCGACUGGGUGGCCAACACCUACCACAGUGAACUCUUUCUGGGUCACCCUGAUCUCAAACCAGAAGUUAAGACAGAAAACCUGUCCCUGCUGUUGACACCAGCCGAUUGGGAUAAACUGAAGAGCGACUACAUCACUUCUGCAAAGGAGAAAAUCAAAAGCUAUUUUGGAAACAUCCUGAGACUGGAGGUCACGGAGAAGUGGGAGAAGGAAGUUCAUCCAGAAGUGAAGGAAAACCUCUACCACUCCUCGCUCUCCUUUGAUAUUCAAACGAUCAUCGCGGAGCACAUGAAGAUAUCUGGAGACAUCAGCAAGAGCCUGGGAACACAAACGCUUGAGCUGUGCCUGGCAGAGCUGCACGAAUUCUUACCAAGGUUUGGGGAGGACUUUGUGGAGUGGAGCACUGCACAGGACAGUCCCAUCUUUGCACCCUAUUUUGCUGCCUACAUCAACAGCUUCCAUGACCUGCUGUCAGGGUUAGAAACAGUGUUUAAAGUCAACACUGAGGAACUGCAGAAGAUCUUGGCAGCUCUGACAAGGAAGUUCACAAAUAUUUUUUUAAAUAAAUUAAAAACAAAAGCACAGCCACUCCUUAAGAAAAUCCUGACCAGGGACUGGAUUUUGGCUACGGAGAGGCCGGACUCGUUGGCAUCGGCGAUCUCGCAGUUCUCCAAGCACCUGCAGCACAUGAGGGACCCCACGGGGCAGGAGCUUCUUCGUGACAUUCAUAAGUACGUGGUGAGGGAAUACAUCGUGCAGGUCAUCAAACCCAGACGGAAAAUGAACGAGGAGACGCGGCAGCAAGUGAGUGAAAAGAUGAACCAGGAAGCCAGAAUCCUAAAUAAUACGCUCAUCGAUCAGGGCUCGGACUCCGACUGGCUCCUUUCCGCCAUACACCACAUCGCCGACAUCAUUGGGGAGAAGAAAAAAGACAAGAUCAAGGAGUACGUCAGGGACCUGUGUCAGGAUUAUCCAGAUAUCAGGAAGGAGCACAUCAUGGCGGUCCUCACGCUCCGGGGGCUGGGGUGUGCCAGGAGAGCGGCGAUUCUUCGGCAAGGCUACCAUGUGCUGGAGAGCCCUGACGGUGGGGAGGGCAGCACGCUCUUCGCUGAUAUCGAUGCCCCGGUGAUCAUCAGCUGCUUCUAAAACAGAACCAAAACAUCAGUCAGCAUCCUCCCUCCUCCUGCGCUGCCUCUACGGCGUGAUCCACAAUCUGCUACCCCACCUUCCUCCUCUGCAAAUGCGACUUUUUGACUGCUGUGGGAAAAGGAGUAGCUUUCUGAACUUGCUACCCCGAGUUCAGAAACCCAAGGCAGCAGAUGAGCCAAGACACUGACCUCCUGCCAGAGCUCCUGGGCAGCAGCUCCAGCCCAGGCACCGCGUCCGCCCUGUGUUCAGUACAGACUUUAUUGCUCUGUUGUUUGGUCCAAGAUUGAGUCUCUUUCCAGACAACAGGAGAAAACCAAAAGGAGUUCACUCAGAGCUAUAUUAAGGCUCGGACUGUGCGUUCCAUAAUUAUACAGCAGCAGAGCAAGAGCCUCCUUCAUAAUUAGCAUCCCUGAGCAACCAAGGGGCAGAGCUUGGGCAGGGAUGUGGUGCCCAAGUCUUAUUUCCCUCCCCCAUGAAUGAGCUGGCAUGACACAAGGUUGGUGACGUUGUGACCCGAUGCCACAAACCACUACCUGCCUGAGGAGGAAAACCUUGGAGGGUAACCAGAGCCCACAGCUGGGACACGCAGCGCAUGGACCGCGCUGCAUUCCACGAUGGACCCCAUGGCCCUUCUGGUGUUUGAGCAGAUUUUCCACACUCGUGGGCUGCCUUGCAAAACUCCUGAGGGAACAAAGACCGGUUCAAGCUGUCACAGCCUCUCUGUGUGGGCAGACAUGUCUGGACCAGACGUGCUAUGCGGAGGGAAGCUCCGAGUCUUCCUUGCCUGGAGGAAAAGGGCCACCGUGCCCUUAGUCCCUUUUCUUGUUUGUUCAAAUGAAUUUUAACAAACCUGGUACAAUCUGACUGCAGUAUGAAACCUAAUGUGAACCAGACAGGCAUAGAGCUAUGGGUCGGAUCCUCUUCCAGUGUAAGCCAGCAUCCCCCCAUUGAUGGGCACGGAAUACCAACGGUUUAACUCCCAUGAGGGAUCCAAAGCAUUACAUCCAGCAUCUGCAGGGGAGUCUAAAAGAGACAUCCAGCAGCCUACAGCCAUGCAAAUCCGAUUUUAUUUAAUCCAAUUUAUCCUUUAGGUUGCCCUCCACUGGAAUUAAUCCAAGACUGGAUUACGAUCCAAGACAUGUCUAUGAUCUAUCAAUUAAUGUGAUAAAUGUGGACAUGGCAUAGCCUUGGAACACUAAUUUUUCUGCUGUAUAGCCUAGAGCAUCAGCAGUGAGACUCUUUUGCUUCCUUUGCUCCAGUUUGCACCAGUGUAAAUUUCAAGCUGGAUGAGCAGCAGGCACUGGUGACAGGCCGAGGGGGCUGUUAUGGUGGAUAAGAAUUAUAAGAGUCCACCUUUAAUUCACAAUCAUCAUAUGAAAAUUUUUUGUAAGGUAGACUUGCUUCCUCCACAGUCAAGAUGAAGUGUUUUUCUAAAGAUGGCUUUGAAAUAUCGGGUAUGAAUUGAGAGCUUGAGGCAGAAAAUCCUGGGAGGAAUUUUCUGCCCUGCAUCAUUCUUCUAUACAGCUCGUGACAAUUCCUGCAAAUCCUUGGCUUGGUGACUCUCUGUAUUUGCUAUGGAGAAGGAGAAGUAAACUACCAUCUGCAUCUUCUGUUGUGUGUGAAGAGCUCAGGAACACCGUGGAGCUCCCCUUCCCUGUCCCGAGGACACGGUGUAAGCAGGGAGCCCUGGAUUACACCCCGGUGGGUGUGUGAGCUACAUCCCCCAUCCCAGCAGAGGGGAAGGGCUUCAGCGCUGAGAGAUUUAUAUUUAAUGUCAAAUGCAUUGACUAAGUGGGGAGGGGGGAGAGUAUAAAAAGGGGUUUUCAACUUUUGCAUCCUCAGCCUGAGACGUCUAAGACUGAAUUUUCAGAGGAGUGUGGGAUUUGAGGCCCUAAAGCCUCAGCGGGAGCUUUUGUGCGUCAGAAAUUUCCCUCUGCCCUGCGUGUGUCUCUGAUCCAAGCACCUCAUGCAAGGCAUCCGAGGCACAGAACUUUUCCCAAGUGCAUUAAACAUAUACUGGGUUUUCAGUCUUAUUAUUUCACUAGCGGCCUCUCCACAAAGCAGCUGCCUUUCCUCAGGCUCCAGCCGCCUGGCCCUGGGAUUAGAUAAGGCUUCCGUUUGCUAAUAAAAUCAAGUUGCUACCCUGAAGUCACGGAGGAAAGCUGGGCACAGUCACCUGCUUUUUGUCACAGCCUCUCCUGGGACUGUCAGAUCCUGCAGCCUGGCAUCCUGUGAGCCAGCAGCAGGAGCCCAGCCUGCUUCCUCCAGGAGAUGCUGCUCCCCUGAUGCUCGUUCUUGAUCAAUCCAGUUUAAUGCUGACCCCAUUAGGAAGAGGCUACAGUUCUGCUCCUGUCCUGCCCUGACACCCAUGCUGGAGAGAGAGCUCCAGGGUGGCUGGGGAGCGAGGUCCUGUCCCUCCCUGGGCAGGGGGAUGCUCGGUCUGGGCUGCAAGAGCAGGUCCUGGAGACGUCUGAGCCCAGAGAGAAGGGCUAUGCUCUCUGCUGCUGUCCAGCUGUCUUCUGUAGAACACCCUGUGUUGAUUAGGACCAUACUUUACAUUCCAAUAAAAGAGAAGAGAGGCCUCUCA